AUUCACUCCCACUUUCCAGAUUCUCCUAAAACUGGGUUCCUAAAGUAUUAAUAUAUAUGUGUGUAAGUAGCUCAGUUCUGAAGUCAGAUUGACUUGAAUUCUAAUCCAGGUUUCUCUGCCAACUCAAGUAUGUGACUCUAGGUAUGCAAAGAAGCCUUUUCACGCAGAUGUCCUUAGAGAUAAUAUGGAUCAGUCCGGAGUUCUCCUCUGGGUGAAAGCAGAACCCUUCAUAGUGGGUGCCUUGCAGAUUCCCCCUCCGUCCAAGUUCAGUCUUCACUAUCUCAGGAAGAUAUCCACCUAUGUGCGAACACGGACCAUAGAGGGAGGUUACCCACGCCUGUCUUGGUCUACAUGGAGGCACAUUGCAUGUGGGAAGCUGCAGUUGGCUAAGGAUCUGGCAUGGCUUUACUUUGAAAUGUUUGAUAGUCUUGCAAUGAAGACACCAGAGGAGCGCCUGGAAUGGUCUGAGAUUCUGUCCAACUGCAUGUCUGAGGAUGAAGUCGAAAAGCAAAGAAAUCAGCUUUCCGUGGACACCCUGCAGUUUCUGCUCUUCUUACAUAUACAGCAGUUAAACAAGGUCUCCCUGAGGACAUCUUUGAUUGGGGAAGAGUGGCCUAGUCCCAGACACAGAGCUCAGUCUCCUGACCUGACUGAAAAAUCCAGUUGUCAUAAUAAGAACUGGAAUGAUUACAGUCAUCAGGCUUUUGUCUGUGAUCAUCUGUCAGAUCUCCUUGAGCUGCUUUUAGACCCAGAGCAACUUACUGCAUCAUUUCAUUCAACCCACAGUAGUCUAGUCUCUCGGGAAGCUGUUGUGGCGCUCAGCUUUCUUAUCGAAGGUACAGUGAGUGGAGCUAGGAAGAUAUACCCGCUCUAUGAACUUGCACUGUGGCAACCACUGCAUGCGGAAACUGGCUUCUCAAAGACCUCUAAGACUUUUUCUUUCUACAAGCUGGAAGCCUGGUUAAGAACCUGCUUGACUGGGAAUCCAUUUGGUACAUCUGCUUGCCUCAAGUCUGGAAAGAAAUUGGCUUGGGCUCACCAAGUUGAAGGGACAACCAAGAGAGCGAAGAUUGCCUGUAAUACUCAUGUGGCCCCAAGGAUGCACCGCAUGGUGGUGAUGAGCCAGGUUUACAAGCAGACAUUGGCCAAGAGCUCAGAUACUCUGGUGGGGGCACAUGUAAAGAUCCAUCGUUGCAACGAGUCUUUUAUAUAUCUGCUCUCUCCCUUACGAUCCGUGACAAUUGAGAAGUGCAGAAAUAGCACCUUUGUCCUGGGCCCUGUACAGACUGCUCUUCACCUCCACAGCUGUGACAACGUUAAAGUCAUUGCUGUUUGCCAUCGUCUGUCCAUCUCGUCGACGACAGGUUGCAUCUUUCACAUUCUGACACCUACACGCCCCCUUAUUCUCUCUGGGAACCAGAGAGUAACUUUUGCCCCUUUUCAUACCCAUUACCCAAUGCUGGAGGACCACAUGGCUAGGACCGGCCUUGCUACAGUGCCUAACUAUUGGGAUAAUCCCAUGAUUGUGUGCAGAGAGAACAGCAGCCCAAGUGUCUUCCGACUCCUAUCACCAUGUGAAUUCUAUGUGUUUAUUAUUCCAUUUGAAAUGGAAGGGGACACAACAGAGAUACCUGGGGGUCUUCCAUCUGCAUAUCAGAAAGCACUGAGCCAAAGGGAAAAAAAGAUACAGGUCUGGCAGAAAACUGUGAAGGAAGCUCGUUUAACAAAGGAUCAAAGGAAGCAGUUUCAGGUACUUGUAGAAAACAAGUUUUAUGAGUGGUUGAUUAAUACAGGACACCGUCAGCAGCUGGACAGCCUUGUGCCUCCUGCAGCAGGCUCCAAACAAGCAGCAGGAUAAGGCUUCCUCAUCGAAACACUGUCAUUUUCAGGGUCCUGGCAACAUGUGAAUGAACAGAAGAUGGUGCACACGUCAAAACUAAACUGGGAAGGUGCUCUUGCUGCUUGAGACUUUGGAGAUUUUUCUUCCUAUUUAAGACCUUUAUGUUUCCUUCCAAUUUCAUUUGUUAUUGUUUACAUUGAAUUUUAGUCUAAACUUCUAUUAUAUAAACAUAUUGUUUAUAGAAUAUCAGAAGGCUCACUUUAUGAUACUAAAAUGAAAAAGUUGAUGAAGACAUUAUGUUAAUAUUCAAAUGACUUGAGUAUUGAUUUAGUAAACCUUACAUUUUAAGUUGUGUAAUGAAAGGGUUUCAUCCUUUCUAGAGUUAAAUAAGAGUUUUAUAGUUCUUUGUAAGUAUUUAAAUUGAAAUUGCUAUGCCUUUUAAAAAAGAAUUGAAAUGAAAGUAUGACUUGUUGGAGUAUAAAUAUAAAUAUAGCAGAAAUGCUUUUAUACAAAGAUAUUUUAGUCCUUAAAGUAUACAACAAUGAAAUUGUGUAGACUUUUUAUUUUUCAUUUUCUGCUUCAAAUUUUCAAUAAAACUCUAAAAGGUAAUUUUCUCCUUUUGAUUAAAAAAUAAAGUUUUAACUUUAGGAAAGGUUUCCAAAGUCAUUCUGUGAUGUUAUAUCAAAAUAAAGUUUACAUUUGAUAGGAGAGUUGUGUUCUUUAAGAUAAAGGAAAAGUUUAAUAAAUAAUCUGAUUGCUGAUA